AUGGCGCGCGCGCUGGCAGAAGACGACGCUAUCCCCAACGGCUGGCGGACUCGCCAACCAGGCUGGACCAUCUGGCUGCUUAUAUCAAUAAUCCGAGUCUCACUAGUAUCUCUACUUCUUGGCAUCUACUACAUAAUACCCUCUUUCAGACAAAGUCCGACAUGGACAUAUCGCCAAGCAUUCACCACCCGUCUCACAAAGCUAGCCAUGACCAUCAUCCGCGAACUCGGCUACGCGCAGUCCCUGAGCCUAGAGUCAGGCAAGCUGGGCGACCGAUGGGUCCUCAUGAACCCAGCCCCGGAAGACUCGUAUCGCGGUGCUUUCACAAGCGACACCAUCAAACCUGAAACCAUCGGCGGGACAUGGUAUCCCUCUCCUCCACCUAAGGACUUGCUAGCAAUCAUCGACAUCAAGGAUGAUGAUCAAGAGCAAGAAACAGAUGACGAGAAGAGCCUCGUCAUCCUAUCAUUCCACGGCAGCGCAUUUCUCUGGCUAACUGGCAGGCCCGAUGACUCCGGCUUCACAGCCGACCUACUCAACGAGAAGCUGGGUACAGGUACCCGGUCGCUGUGGGUGCAGUACCGGCUAGCGGGUGGUAACAAUCCAACCCCUUACCCGGGGCCCAUGCAAGACGCCAUGACCUCAUAUCUCUACCUUGUUCGAGAACUGAACAUCUCGCCGUCCCGCAUCGUGCUCGUCGGCGACUCAUCCGGAGCUACUAUGGUCAUGGCUCUAUUGCGCCACCUCGCCUCGUUUCAGCAGGAGAGCGGCCAUGAGCUUGCAGAGCUGCCGCCGCCUCGGGCGUGCCUUCUGUUCUCACCCUCGGUUGAGUACAGCUUCGAGGGUGACUCGCAGGCUGUCAACGCCCACCGGAAUCAACGGACUGACUACUGUGAUGGGGAGAUGGCCGCGUGGGGUGCGCGUGCGUUUGCCCCGCCGGAGUCAGUGCGUCUGGAUGAUCCGUACCUGUCGCCGGCGCUGCAUCCCUUUGCGACGCCUGUUCCGAUCUUCGCACAAGUUGGGGGUGCGGAGAUGCUGUGUGAUAGUGUCAGGGGGUUUGCGGAUGCGAUGCGGGCUGUCCCGGGCAAUAAUGUCGAAUACCUGGAAAUGCCAGGCUUGCCGCAUGAUAUCUAUAUGAUGGGACAUAUUCUUGGGUGGCAGGAGGAGCAGGAGGAGAUGAUAGAGGCAGCUGCGCGGUUUGUUCGUGGUGUCUAG